AUGCCCAGCUCCACUGCGAUGGCAGUUGGCGCGCUGUCCAGUUCCCUCCUGGUCACCUGCUGCCUGAUGGUGGCUCUGUGCAGUCCGAGCAUCCCGCUGGAGAAGCUGGCCCAGGCGCCGGAGCAGCCGGGCCAAGAGAAGCGCGAGCACGCGUCUCGGGACGGCCCGGGGCGGGUGAGCGAGCUCGGGCGCCCCGCGAGGGACGAGGGCGGCGGCGGCCGGGACUGGAAGAGCAAGGGCGGCCGCGGGCUCGCCGGCCGGGAGGCGUGGAGCAAGCAGAAGCAGGCCUGGGCCGCCCAGGGCGGGGGCGCCAAGGCCGGGGACCUGCAGGGCCGGGCCCGCGGGGACACCCCGCAGGGGGAGCCCCCGGCCGCCGCCGCCGCCGCCGCUGCCGCCGCCGCCCAGGACGCGGCCGGCCCGGACCUGGCGCCCACGCCGGAACCGCCGGAGGAGUACGCGUACCCGGACUACCGCGGAAAAGGCUGCGUGGACGAGAGCGGCUUCGUGUACGCCAUCGGGGAGAAGUUCGCGCCGGGCCCCUCGGCCUGCCCGUGCCUGUGCACCGAGGAGGGGCCGCUGUGCGCGCAGCCCGAGUGCCCGCGGCUGCACCCGCGCUGCAUCCACGUCGACACGAGCCAGUGCUGUCCGCAGUGCAAGGAGAGGAAGAACUACUGCGAGUUCCGGGGCAAGACCUACCAGACUCUGGAGGAGUUCGUGAUUGAUCCCUGUGAAAGAUGCCGGUGUGACCCUACAGGAAAGUGCCUUUUUUCCCUUUCGAGCUGCCCCAGAUGUGACAUUGUGGACCCUGCUUGGGAGCCUUCACAAUGUUGCCCUAUCUGCAUUCCAGGUCCAAACUGCUUUGCAGAAACUGCUGUCAUCCCAGCUGGAAGAGAAGUGAAGACGGACGAGUGUACCAUAUGUCACUGUACUUACGAGGAAGGGACGUGGAGAAUUGAAAGACAGGCCAUGUGCACGAGGCACGAAUGCCGGCAGGUGUAGACACGGGGCCAUAAAAAACAGACGUUUUUCUAGAAUAUUUUACAGACGUGAACACUCUAGAUGACUCUGGGGAAUGUCAUCCAAAAGGAGAAGACUUUUGAUGAGGAGUGUGCAAAGUUGUGCGUACCUUUUGCGCUUCUUGGUAACCGUUUCCUGCAGAAGAAGGAAAUGGGUCUAUUUCAAAACGUCCACAAGAACUUUGGGCACAAAACCCCCUCUCUAAAUAAAUGUGCUAUUUUCACAGUAAGUACACCGAAGUACACUAUUAUAUAUUAAAUGUAUUUCUAUAAUCCCUCUAUUAGAGAGCUUAUAUAAAUGUUUUCUAUAGAUACAGAUUAAAAAUGCUGUGUUGUCAACCGCC